AUGCAGGGGCAAACCCGAAGAAGAAAACGAGAGACGGUUCGAGAAGACGGUCCGCCCGACAGAAACCGGGCCUCUGAGCUCUGUCAGACCGGAGACAGAGAUCAGACUCGACAGCGCACCGGGACCGAGACUAAUUCUGCGUCCUCGGUCGGAGCAAGGAGUCGGGUACCACCCCUAUCGGCCUUUUCCGACAAACCGCCACUCAAUCAAGGUGCUGUGGCGGAGGAGAGCAGCCGCGGCGGUGGCGGGGUCAGGUCAGAGACGGUCGCCCCAGGGCCUCCGUCUGGUGGACGCGUCGUCGCCGAGAGGCUGGACGUGCCACAGGCCGCCGCAGCCGGAGAACCCCCGAGGCCGGAUCCAGCUCGCCUCGCCGCGACCUCACCCAGUCCCGGAAGCGUUAGCGCGGUCGCCAGCUUCACCAUCCCGCCAACAGAGGAAGAUCUGAAGCAGAUGCAGUCCAUCCAAGACAAGAAUGGACAUAUCAAACGGCCGAUGAAUGCCUUCAUGGUGUGGGCUCGUAUCCAUCGGCAUGCCCUGAGCAAAGCCUGCCCCGGGGCCGGCAUGAUAGACACCAGUAUUCAGCUGGGCCGCGAGUGGUCCAAGCUGAGUAAAGAACAGAAGAGGCCCUACUAUGAAGUGGCUCACAAACUGAAAAACACACAUAAGCAGCAAUUCCCUGAUUAUGAGUUUCGCCCCCAGAGGAAGAAGGGCAGAGAGCGUUUGUCCUCGGGGCAGGAAACAGGACAGGGAGCAGGACAGGACCCUGGUGUUUCCUCUUUGGUCUCAAAGGCCGUACCACCAGCUCAGUCCAAGUUGCUGGGUCUUACAUUGCACCUAUGUCCCUCCGUGAUGCCCUGCACAGUGAACAACUAUCCUCACUCAUAUUUUUACCCGUAUAAUGUGAUGGGCCUCUACUCCAGGGUCCCGAUCCAUUGUUCAAGACACCCGAAUGCCAGCAGCUCCAUGGAAAAAGUGAGGAACCACCACAGCAUUCAGCUGCCGAAGGACAAGGCGGCUCUGGCUGCAGAGCGUCAUCCAGCUGAUGUUAGUCAUGACCUCCUCCUUGAAUCUAACACAGCGUCAGAGAGCCUAGCUCAGCCUGACAUUGACACCAGCCAAAAAAGCGACAGUAAAUGCGAGUAUUUUGUCGAUGUCGUUGGACUGCUUUAAGAGAUGUUCAGCACACACAAAGCAACACUUUCAGC